ACGAAUUAAAUACUAUAUAAUAAUUUGUCUACAAUAUUGAAUAUACAGCUUACCGGUAGUAUAGAAUUUAAAAAAUAAAUAAACACACAACUCCCAUUUAGAAAGAUAAAAAGUAUUAUUAUGAAUUAUAUUAAUUUUUAAAAUAAAUGUUACCUUCUAAUAUUCCAUCUAUUCCAUUGAAGACACAGGAAGACUUUCAAAAAAUGGAAAUAUUUUUGACAACUCGAGUCAAUUAUGAAGCUGUGCGAGAUCUACUUUAUUCAAAAUGUACAAGUGCUUUGGGAACAUUAUCUGUUUCUUCAGAACGCAGUGUCACAGGAAACGUUUUGUCUAAAUUAAUCUCAAACGGUCUUGCUAAAAAAAUUAGCUGGAGUGGAUCAGAAGACAAAACAAAGUUUUCAGACACAAAACUUUGUGAAGUUGUAUUUGGUGCAGUCAAGCUACGAUUUUCCAACAGCUUUUUAAUUGAAACUAAAGCUAAAAUUAAGCGUUGGUUUCAAACAGCUAAUGGACGGAAAGAAAACAAUGAUGUGAAUGAUUCUGAUACCUAAAAUAUAUAAUAGGCAUCAAAAUCAUUCACACAACUAAUGCAUAAAAAUAAGCAAUAGGGACCAAGCAAUAGCUACUUCAAUGAUACCAAAGAAAAGUUAUUGAAAGAGAUUAUUAUUUACUUUACAUAUCUAUUUAAUAUAUGUUUAUUUAGAACUUUCCGUGUUCUUGUAAAAACAUGUUUCUCAUUAAAUUCUGAAACAAAUCUUUUUUGACAAAAA